AUGUCAUCACGAGGUCCGCAAACCAAAGUUCAGAAGGUGAUGGUUCAACCCAUCAAUUUAAUCUUUCGAUAUUUACAAAAUCGAUCGCGUAUACAAGUUUGGUUAUAUGAACAAGCGACGACACGUAUUGAAGGUUAUAUUAUUGGUUUUGAUGAGUACAUGAAUCUCGUGUUAGACGAUGCCGAAGAGAUUCUCUUGAAGAAAAAUCAACGAAAGAAAAUUGGAAGAAUUUUACUUAAAGGUGAUAAUAUUAGUUUAAUUCAACAAGUUCAAUCAGCAGGUGAAGCACGUGCUUAA